AUAUGUAAUGUUCACCUAAUGCAUUGUGGGAUUCUUGCGGAAGUAAGAUUGUCAGUGUCCUUGUGCGCUAACCUCAGAAAUUUGCCAAAAUGUUCAGGCAACUUAUGGGACUUCGGCAUUUGUCGAAUCGGACACUCACCACCAGUGCUCGUAAGCAAGUGGACAACAAGAUCAAGGAAAAGCAGAAGUUGUUCCAGGAGGACAAUGGCAUGCCCAUCCAUUUGAAGGGAGGAGUCAAAGACGCUGUUCUAUACAGAGCAACAAUGGCUCUCACAGUCUUUGGAAGUGCAUUUGUCGUGUACGAACUCUUUGGAGCGGCAAUGCCCAAGAAGCCAUAAAUGGAAGGUUGACCUUCCUCAAUUUAAAAUAAUGUCUUCUCUGUUGUGCAGAUCUAUAUAUCUGGGAGAUUCUUUGUCCUGUCAAUAAUGCCAAUAUAUGUCAUGCCUGGGAUAAAUAUUUAUUGAUUGUACAAUUAAUGAUAAACAUAUAAUUAUAAUAAAAUUACCCUCUGGUUUACAA